GAUUCGGCCGGGGCUCCUAUAAAGGCUGCGGAAGAGGCGGAGCUGCCGGGAUCGGAGAGCGGGUGGUGGCAGUGGCGGCGUUUUGUGCAGCGGAAUACCUGCAGCGGCACCCACCAUGGUGAAGGAGACGGAGUACUACGACAUCCUGCAGGUGAAGCCCAAUGCCUCCUCCGAGGAGAUCAAGCGCGCCUACCGCAAGCUGGCGCUGAAGUACCACCCCGACAAGAACCCCAGUGAGGGCGAGCGGUUUAAACUUAUAUCCCAGGCAUAUGAAGUUCUGUCGGACCCAAAGAAAAGGGACCUCUAUGACCAGGGUGGGGAGCAGGCUAUUAAAGAAGGAGGCCUGAGUGGCGGCAGCUUCUCUUCACCCAUGGACAUCUUUGACAUGUUCUUUGGUGGUGGAGGCCGAAUGAAUAGAGAGAGAAGAGGCAAAAAUGUGGUGCACCAGUUAGGUGUAUCUCUUGAAGACCUCUAUAAUGGCAUUACAAGGAAACUGGCACUGCAAAAGAAUGUUAUUUGUGCAAAAUGUGAAGGUUAUGGCGGAAAGAGAGGGGCAGUAGAAAAAUGUCCUGUGUGUAAAGGAAGAGGGAUGCAAGUUAUAGUUCAGCAGAUUGGACCUGGCAUGGUGCAGCAAAUCCAAACUGUGUGCCCAGAAUGCAAAGGCCAAGGUGAAAGAAUAAAUCCAAAAGACAGAUGUGACAACUGCAAUGGCUGUAAGGUUGUAAGAGAGAAAAAGAUCAUAGAAGUUCAUGUUGAUAAAGGUAUGAAAGAUGGUCAGAAGAUAGUAUUUCAUGGAGAAGGUGACCAGGAGCCUGAUUUGGAGCCUGGUGAUGUUAUAAUUGUGCUUGACCAAAAGGAUCACAGUGUCUUUCAGAGACGAGGGCAUGACUUAAUCACAAAAAUGAAAAUUCAACUCUCAGAGGCUUUGUGUGGUUUCAGAAAGACAAUUGAAACUCUGGACAACAGAGUUCUUGUCAUAUCUACUAGGCCAGGUGAAGUGAUAAAACAUGGUGACCUAAAAUGUAUCUACAACGAAGGGAUGCCUGUCUACAAAUCUCCAAUGGACAAAGGCAGCCUGAUCAUACAGUUUUUGGUCCAGUUUCCAGAGCACUACUGGCUCCCAAGGGAGAAACUGUCUCUGCUGGAGGCUCUGCUUCCUUCCCGAGAAGAUGUUAUGGUUACAGAUGAGAUGGAUCAGGUAGACCUUGAAGAUUUUGAUCCAAAUGAGCAAACCUACCGUAACAGUGCAGGAGAAGCAUAUGAAGAAGAUGAGGAGGGUCCAAGAACAGGAGUACAAUGUCAGGCAUCUUAAAGCAAGGUGGAGCAGAUGUCAUCUAAGAUGUAAAUUUUCACAAUGAAAACUGCAUGGCUGUAAUAGCCACUGCUUGUGGUUUUUGUGUUCAGCAAAUUGAGUUGCUGCGCUGUCAGUAUCACCUUUUUGUAACUAAUUUAUAUUGUGUUCUUGUAGUCUUUCUAUAUAAAGCAAAUGUCAUACAGCUGAGAACCAAGUUGGUAUGAAUUUUCCUUGCUGUGAAGGUUCUCAAUUUAUUCACCUGUGCUCUUUCUAUAAGACUUUGGCAAUAUCAAUAGAGGCUAAGUGGAGUGUCUUAUGUAAAUACUUUCAUACUGGAAAAUUAAUUUCAUAGAAUAAAACAUAGCAGAAUAACUUCUAAUAAAUAGUACUUCACCUUUUCUCGUGCUUCUCUUAUACUUUCUAAGCCAUUCUGGAACCCCCUUUAUUUAAGCAAGUUCUUCUAAGCUCAGACUCCUGUCAUCCAGUCUAGAUUAUUUGUGUUAGCUGUACCACUCAUACCUUGUCUCAUUUUGUAUUUCAGAAGCAUUUUGUGCAUGCCCUCCUCUCUGCCUCUUAGCCUUCCUCCUGUGUUUUGUGGGUUUACAGUAGCAUUCCUUCAGCUGCUUCUGUGUGUGACCCAAGGUUACAAGCUGUCCUCUAAUGUGUUACAUACAAGCAAAUACUUGCAAAUAAAAGUUUGACCUUUCAGAAGCUCAAGCUUUGUAUUUCAGCCUUCCUAGAAAGGGUUUUUACUUCCUCCUAGGCAUUGUAUACUUGUGCCUUAACUAAAAUGAAUAAACCAAAACCACUUGCACUGGG